UUCCGCCUUUCCAGCCCGCUGGCAGUGAAAUGUUGCCGGACCUGGGUGCAACAUGAGCGGGCCUCAGCCCAGUGAAUUCCCGGACGACUGGGAGCAGCUCGAGCGGUGUGUGAGCGUCCUGAGGCGGAGAGCCCUGCAGGCCAGCGAGCUGUCCGCUGUCAGGACCUUCUCCGACCAGUUUCUCAUCAAGUUUCUCCGGGCCAGAGACGGGGACGUGGAGCUCUCCCUGAAGCUCUUACUGAACUACCAGCGGUGGCGAAGGGAGAGUCCUGAGAUCAGCAAAUGUCUGUCCCCCUCCUCGGUGCUUGGCCUCCUCAACACAACGUACCACACCGUCCUCCCACAGCGGGACCACACUGGCAGCAGGGUGCUCAUCUACAGGAUUGGACAGUGGAACCCAAAAGACUGGUCAGCCUUCCAGGUGUUCAGGGUCAGCCUGAUGACAUCAGAGAUCAUCUCCACGGAGACAGAGACACAGAGACGUGGUCUGAAGGUCAUAUUUGACCUGCAGGGGUGGAGUUUAGGCCACGCCCUGCAGAUUAACCCUUCCCUCGCCAGAAAGAUAUCCUCUGUACUUUCGGACUCUUUCCCACUGAAAGUUAGAGGUAUCCAUCUGGUUAAUGAGCCGAUGCUCUUCCGGCCAGUCUUCACCAUGAUUCGUCCAUUCCUGCCAGAGAAGAUCAAACAGAGGAUCCACAUGCACGGUGCUGAUUUUCAAGACACUUUAAGCGACUUCUUCUCAGCGCCCGUCCUGCCUCCAGAAUAUGGAGGGGAGGGGCCUAGCAUAGAGGAGGUGUGUCAGGACUGGACCAAUCAGCUGCUUGAAUCAGAGGAGCUCCUGCAGCAGAUUGCGAAUCACCCAACAGGUGACAUCACUGUUACUCCUGAGGACUCCUUGAUCUCAGAGGAAGUGCAGACUGAGCAACUCUCUGAGGGAUGAUGUUUGGAAUGUUCACAUAUACGCACUGCUGUUUUUUAGUGUGGAUGAAAACACACACACACACACACGCGCGCACACACACACUGACAGCCAUUUUUGAGGCCCUAACUCUUGAAGUUGUUAACUGCGUCAAGAGAGCUGUCGGUGCUUUAAAACUUUUCAGCGCUUGUCUAUCUGGUUGACUUUGUGUUUACAUGUGUCAGCUGUCUUCUGGUUACAUUGCUCCUUGAAAUCUGAACAAAGGCAGAAGUUACAUCCUCUAUUUUAAAUAUGCUUUCUUUCCAAGAGUGACAUGAAGAGUACUGAGUCUGAAGGUGUGUCUUAAAACGCGUACUUCCGUCGGUAUACUUCCAUGUAGUACACUAUGUACUUCUUGCAUGGUAUACUAAUUUCAACAGGGUAGUGUUGUCUCAAAUCACACACUGCUGUUUUACACUUACCUGAAGUGACAAUGGCCCUUCUUCUUCUUCUUUGUCUUGUUUUUUAAAUGGUGAAUUGCAAAUUGAUGGUGGAGCAUUAUAGCCAACAUUUGACCUAUUGGCUUCUAUUCAACAACAGUAUUGGUACUUAGUAGGGCUUAUAUAUAUAUCACAAUAUUUUUAGGCUGUAUAUUGAUACACAAUAUAUAUCUUGAUAUUUUUAAAUCUCCUUGAGCACUUCAUCAAUACUAGGACUGGGAGGCAAAAUCUAACAUAACAAUAUUUCUGACCAAAUACCCUCUCUGAUGCGACAAAAUAUGGUGAUGGUUAUUGUUUUUUUGUCAGAAAAUAUUAACACAAUUGAGAUUUCUGAUCAAUAAUCUUCAAUAAUGUGGAUAUAACAACUAAGUGUGUUAAGGCAAACAUUAAAACAAAUAGAAUGGUCUGGUAAGUUAAUAUAUGUGCAUCAUUUUGCUGUAAUGCAAUCACCAUUUAUGCCAUAUCACAAUACAGUGACAUCCAAAUCUAAGACAAUAUAUAGUCCCAUAUCUGGAUAACGCUAUAAUAUCUUUAUAUUGCCCAGCCCUAGUUCUUAGUGCAAAAAACAUGUACAUGUUCACUCUAGCUAGCUCAGGCUCCUUUUUGUCCCCAACCGCCAUGUCAAAAGUUGAGAAGAUAGCAACUGUUAAGGGUGAGAGGUGUUCAUCACUCCACACUCAACUUUUAGACUGUUUUCAGUGCGCCAGUAGCAAACUGCAUUUUCCCAUACUAUGAAGUGUGAACGCACUUAGGGCACUUGUGCACUCAAAAUAUUAAGUGUUUAGUACAGAAGUAUGCGAUUUGAGACACACUGUGAGUCAGUUCGGAGUUAGCCUAGCUUAGGAGGAAACAGCUACAUGGCUGUGUAAGUAAAAAAAAGGGAAAAAAAGGCUUACUAACUGUCUCAUGUAUUUGAACCUGUACACAAAAAGAAAUGUAAACACAACAAUGUAUGAGUUUUGUGGAAGUUGGGAGAUGAGAUGCACAGAAGUGCUGGGCGUUAUUCAUCAAGAAAUAGUUGCAGUACAUAACGCCCCCUAAUGGCCAAGACACAUCGAACAAACAUCAGAACUAGAGGCGAUGAAAGCUAUGUGUUGCGUUGCUACAGCCGACGGCAAACUAGCCUGCGUAAGAAGAAAUAACUCCACACCAGCACGCCAUGGUAGUCUGUAUUCCUUAUUCUAAGAGUGAAACCGGAAAACUGACAGGACAGAUUAAAGAUGCUAGUUGGACAGGCAGCACAAUAACAACACAACCCAGUGCUGAAAGAACAGAGCAAAUGUACCACUGAACAAUAACGCAGACAAUUACAAUUUUUUUGUUUGAAAGAGCUCAGUGGCUAAAGAAAUAAUCUUACCCAAUAUAACAAGUUUGUUUUAAUGUCAGCCCUUUUUUGACUUUAGUUGUGUUUUUGCUUUCCUCACUUCCAUUUCUCUUUUCAUGCGUUGAGCUGAACUGCCAAUCAGUGAUUUCAUUCAUCAACAGUUUUCACUGUCACUGACGUCGAUUCAACAUGCUGAAUCGGUUGAAAAAAGCAGAUAAGGGCUGACUAGUGUUAGUGGUGCAGGACACAUGGCAAAGGCCGGGGCGAGAGUCAUUCACCGACGGCCCAACAUUGACAGAUGGCUGAAUGUUGGCUUGGUUUAUCAGGUCCCUAAAACCACAAAUUGUUGUUUUUACAUUUCUGUUCAUUUACAGGUGAAACAAACAAGAUACAAUGUUGUGAAUAAGGAAUCAUCAGAGGUGGACAUGUUUUUACUUUGAAAAGAGUCAAGCUCUUGGUUACCCUCCAGUUUUUACCCUACGCUAGGCUAACCCAUGGAUGUAUAAAGAGAAUAACAGCAUUGGAGGUGGGGCCCCUUUCAUUCCAAUGAAAGUUGCUCAUGGGCAUGAAGCUGAAAUUCAGGUAGUUCGACUUCCUGGGUAUAAAGUUACCUGGAAAGUAGAAGUCCCUGGAUUACAUUGUUGGGCCCACAGAGUAGGCACACUAAAGACCUUGCAGGCCAAGCAGCUAACUUCCAGUUUAGCCUUCCCCUAACUUGAACAGGAACAAAAUGAUUUAAUCAUGUGGCUCUUUGAGACAUUACAAAUGUUAUCGGACUGAAUGGGUCAAAUCCCAUCAGUGAAAGGAGUCAUUUCAUGGGGACUGUGAUGCUCAAAAAAUAUAUUCACUGAUUUACAGAUGUCUCUUCCACAGUGUAAAUCUGUAGGGGAAAAGAAAGUCUUUUUGACAGGGCUGGAAGUUGAGGUCACACAGUUUGGACAUUGUGUCAAAUUAGUUUUUAAAGUCUGGCACACUUUCUUGGGGUUUGGGCUAACCACAUCCUGAUUCCAUUUCUGUAUGUAAAGCCCAGUUCAGACCAAAGAUUCGCAACGAGAUGAGUUGAAACAGGCAACUGUUUGCAUUGCGCCUUUUUGCAACGCUCUAAAAACCUGCCCGUUCACACCAUUGCAGCUAGAUGAGAUGUUGUAUCAUCUCUAUGCAACAACUCUCUGUAUUUCCAUUCUGAUUUCCAACUUUUCAGGCUUAUUCUGUGGCUGAAUAUAAUUUGUAGCUUCUUAAAAUAUGAAUGAGGAUAGUGGGAGAGAGAUACUGGCUACAGUUGCAUUUGUAGGAGUGAUGAAAUGGCGAAAAAGGAACAAAACAAGCAUCAGAUGGGCUGUAUUCAUGAUCAGUACGCCACAAUGAUAUAAAUAAGCAGCAGCAAUUAAUCAGUCCAUUAAAAUGUGUGUGCCUGAGGUGCAUAAGCAUAUACAGCGAGCAGCACCAGCACACACUGAGGACAGAAACAGAGAGCUUAGCGGGGACGGAGCACCUGCUGCAGUAAGUGCAAUUUUGCGUCUGCGGUCAUUUUGAUUUGACCAGCUGACUUCAGUACAAAGCGACAGGCUGUAGAAACAGGUGACAUGCUUUUUGUUUUAAAACCAGGUGCCGCAGAUUUGACCAGCUGAGUUGCAGGAGACACCAUCAGCCAACUUGAGUCCUACUCAGACCGGCCAGUUCACACCGCUGUGACUUUUCUCUGCAACAUUUGUUGUUGUGUCUCGUUGUGAAUCAUUGGUCUGAACUGGGCGUUAAACACAACAUAUAACUGUUAUCAAUCUGCUCAUCAAAAGCAAACAAGUAUAUUUUUCCCACAAUAUUGAAGUUUUUAUAUGUGAUUAAUACAUUUUUAAUUCAUGUUUAAGAAUUUAGCUAGUAUCUGCUAGCUGCUCAGUGUUGAUAGUUUUGUUCCUUUAUUUGAGCCAACUCUUUUGCAGCUGCUAAGUGUUAUGGAGUACAAACUGGAUCUAAAGGUUCAACAGUUUACUGUGUCAACAAACCUACCUUAUCAGAUCUUUCACUUUUACAGGAAUGUUGCUGGAUGUUACUGUAUGGACAAGUUUUUUUUCAGGGAUUGCUCCAGUUUAGUUCUUCUGCAGUUUAAUAUUAAUAACCAACAGCCAAUUCUCCAGUGGAGCUCAGGGAUGAAUUGCUAAGAGGAGGUUUGUGCCACAGCUGCAGGACACCAACCUUCAACCAGAGGACCAAGAAACAAACUUUCUGUAAAAUCCUGUGAACUCAACUUAAGUGCUACUGUGAGAGUUUGAUGCUUUGCAAAAAAUUCCUGGAAGCUGAAUGGUUUCCACAAUAGUGUGUUUUCAUGUUGCUGUGGACAGAAGCUCUACAGACGAACAUGAACCUUGACUUCCUUCUAACUCAUCACUCCUUCCACACAUUCGUCUUAUCAGCCAGUCAAAUCAAUCCAUCCAGUGCUCUAUUUGUUCAUGGCUGAUCAUUUUAACUUUGGUCUGUCAGUUCAAUUCAAACUUUAUUUCAGACUCACAAGAGGGUCGAUAACAGUUUAACAGUUUAAAAGUUUACAUGUUUUCUUUCUAUUUAUGACAAGAAGCCUUUGACUAUAUUAUGCACUUAUGCCAUAUACCCAGGUAUUGUAAAACAUGUGAACUUGCUGUUCACACUGAGUUUCUAAUUAUUUUUAUCUAUUGUUGGAAAACUAAGAAUAGGCUCAUAAUAACAGAUUUAUGCUAUUUACUUCACCCUUUAAAGGAGCUCUAUACAACACUCAGAGCAUUAAUGUAGCAUCAAACCACUAUUUGCUAUGUAAAGCUAAAGUGAAGUCAUGGUGUCCUCAGCAGAGAGUGAAGUCAUGCUCCCUCUGUGUGUGUUGUAAUCUGAGCUUCUCUGUUCUUUGCUGUGGUACGUGGUCUGGCUGUGCAUGCAUGGUAGUGCAUUUGAGUCCCUGUGUGUGUAUCCUGCUGGCUAGCUAAUCGUCGCCCCUCUGUGAGGAACACAUACAGUGGUUACCGCUGAUUUCAGGACACUAUGCUUCUGGUGGACGCCACACUACGGGCAGCACCCACCCUCCAGUUCCCCUCCACGUAAACAGUCAGUACGUUUAUAUGACAUUAGAGGAAAUCGAUAUAUUGUGUUAGCCCGACUAAAACCGGACUUUUUAUAUACAUGUAAACAUGUUGGUCUGACUGAUAUCGUACUAAAUCGAAUACCCAGAUAAUGUGAUCGGGAGUCAAAUUACUCCUACAUGUACACAGUCAUCAGACUGUAACUGGUCGAGGCGAUCUGCACAUGCUCCACAGCUUCCACCUCAGGCUUUGACCUGGAAGUCAGAUAGCUUUAAAUGCAUAACAGAGGAAGAAGCCAGUAACAACACGGUGAAAUCUACAUCCAGAGCUGUGCAUUUUUGGAUGGACGAGGAGACAGAGUUUAUGCUGUAUCAGCUGAAAGAGUUAAAUGUUUUUUUGAAAAAUAGAUGGGAGAAAAACAUGGAAUGGAGAUUGUUUGAUCUUUGAUGUAAUAGGUCAACCAAAAAAAAGUGCAGUACUACAAGCUGAAAGGGGGCAUAUCGCAACCUAUCGUAGCAGAGUCAGACAUACUUCGGUCAAUAAAUCGAUUCCCCUCCCGUGCUUGUAUACUGGGACAAGGACAGUAGUCCAAUUAAAUGGCCUAGUGGAGUUAGAACUGUCGCUCCACUUAACUGUGCAUGUAAACGUACUGACUGUUAGUUCUGUCAACACAGGUGCCAUUGUUAGUGCUGUAAACACUGUUAGCAUCAUCAGCUAGCUAACAGCCAUGUGGUGACAACCUCUGAAUCAUAAAUAUGCUCUGAAUAUCGUAAAGAGCUCCUUUUAAAAAAUAAGAAUGAAUGUAUUUCUUAGCCGCUUGGGCCUUUCUGAGCAUAUCCAAUGAUAUUGACUCUACAAUUACAUAAAGGUAAAAAACAAACACAAAAGCUCAACUUAUGAGCUCAUGUGGUAACACACCUUUAACUGUUUAUACUAAUUUGACAUAUACAAUAUGACUGUAGUUAUUUUUAAAUCAGAAAGAUUUUAUUAAUAUUUCCUGUAUUCCUAUAUGUCUGGUAAUGAGUAGACAGGACAUAUUUGUGCAAUGGGUCAAUGAACUGAAGGUUUUCAAAAUGUUGGAAAUAAAAGGUGUGUA